UUCUAUGCCAAUUCUCGUAGCUUUGCUGGCCGUAAAAAUAAACCUGGAAACUGUCCUUAGAACAUACAUCGUACAACACACGUUAUUUUUUUACCCGUCGAAACUGGGACGUCUUCAACGACAAGCCUAACGCUCAAAACCGGCAUAACCAGUCUUCAACAGACAUGCCUGAUUCGAGUAAUUGGAUGAUUUCAUUGAUACCCGCUCUUCCUGUUUUAUAGCUAGCGUCCACGCGAUGUCCUCUGCGACGCCCGGCGCCGAGCUACCGCAGCAACGACCGAUCCGCAUCGCCAUCCUCCUCAACUCGUACCGCUCUCGCCUGCUCCCCGCCAUCCGGGCCUCUUACGAGCGCACCAUCAGCGCUGUCGCCCCCGACGCCCGGCUCGCCUUCUACGAGCCGGCCAACAAGAGCGGCGAGUUCCCCGACCCGGCACAUUUCGACCUGAUCGUCUUCGGCGGAUCCAACGUCGAUCCGCGGAAGUCGCAUCAGUGGAUCCUCGACGUCCACGCGUUCGUCCGCCGCCUCGUGACCGACUUCCCGGAGAAGAAGGUCCUGGGCAUAUGCUGGGGCCACCAGACCAUUUCGCGAGUCUUCGGCGGCAAGGUCGUUGAUGCUGCGCAUCCAGAAAUGGGCGUGGCUACCAUAAAAUUGACGGAGGCGGGAAGACAGUUCUUCCCCGAGGCAACCGUCGUAGGGUCUUUUAAGCUACAGCAGCACCACAGGCGCGAGGUCGCUGUGCCGCCAACGUCAUUUACCCAGCUAGCGCACGGUAAUCAGUGUUUGUUGAAUAGGAGUAACACGAUUCUAACGUUCCAGGGACACCCGGAGAAGGACGCCGAGACGGCGCGGUUGCGGCUGCACGACUCGAUGCGGUGGUUUGGAUUCGACGCCGCCAUAGACGAGAAGGCUUGGGCCCGGCUACAGGAGUUAAUUUUCAUGGAACACGACGGCCCUGCCGUUUGGAAGCGUAUUUUGGAAUGGGUUUGGGAGCCACCGGUCUUGGGAUCUGGGAUUGUAGACAACCCAAGCAAAAUGUGACUGCCUAUUUUUCCACUUGUGACUCCUCCCAUGAGCUUGAAGUGAGAUUGAAGUUGAUAUCAACUGAUCUGAAAUUUAAAGGGAUAGGCUUAGUCACUACGUUAGCCCAACAAGAAAAUCUGGUUAAUUUUCAAUUCAAACUGAAAAUGGAAGCAUGAGCCGUAGCUGGUUCGUCAAGAUGGUCUAACUACCUUUUUUACUAACUCAUAUGGGGUUAAAUGAAAGUUAGGAUGUGAGAUGUGUCUAUACAUAUAUAUAUAUACGUACGAACUAAAGCUCGGUCUGAUCUCAUGUUUCAGCUGAAGCCUUGUCUUUGAACUGAGAUUUAGCCAUAACCCCUACCUAGAAAUAUGAUGGUGUUGUAGUAUAGGUAUACUAAAC